AGGGUCGGCGGCCGGGAGAGGGUGAUGUCACCUGCCAGGCGGGAGCGGCCGGGCGGACGCCGGCGGGGCCAGUCCUACCCCCAGCCGCGGCCCGGGAUGCGGGGGCUUCGCAGGAUUUAGCUGCCGGGAGGAUCUGAGAGGGCCGCAGCCAUGGCCCCGCGGAAGCGAGGGGGCCGGGGCAUUUCAUUCAUCUUCUGCUGUUUUCGCAACAACGACCACCCCGAGAUCACGUACCGGCUGCGGAAUGACAGCAACCUGGCCCUGCAGCCCAUGGAGCCGUCCCUGCCGAUGCCGGCCGUCGAGGAGCUGGACGGCAUGUUCGGCGAGCUCGUGGAUGAACUGGACCUCACCGACAAGCAUCGAGAAGCCAUGUUUGCCCUCCCUGCGGAGAAGAAAUGGCAGAUCUAUUGUAGCAAGAAAAAGGACCAAGAAGAGAACAAGGGAGCGACCAGCUGGCCGGAGUUCUACAUUGACCAGCUCAAUUCGAUGGCAGCCAGAAAAUCCCUGCUGGCUCUGGAGAAGGAAGACGAAGAAGAGAGAAGUAAAACCAUAGAAAGCUUGAAGACGGCACUGAGGACCAAGCCGAUGAGGUUCGUGACACGAUUCAUCGACCUGGACGGUCUGUCGUGCAUCCUGAACUUCCUGAAGACCAUGGACUACGAGACGUCAGAGUCGCGCAUACACACCUCGCUCAUCGGCUGCAUCAAGGCCCUGAUGAACAACUCCCUGGGCCGGGCCCACGUGCUGGCCCACUCCCAGAGCAUCAACGUCAUCGCCCAGAGCCUGGGCACCGAGAACAUCAAAACCAAGGUGGCCGUGCUGGAGAUCCUGGGCGCCGUCUGCCUCGUGCCUGGUGGCCACAAGAAAGUCCUGCAGGCCAUGCAGCACUACCAAAAGUUCGCCAGCGAGAGGACCCGCUUCCAGACGCUGAUCAACGACCUGGAUAAGAGCACUGGCCGCUACCGCGACGAGGUGAACUUGAAGACCGCCAUCAUGUCCUUCAUCAACGCUGUGCUGAGUCAGGGGGCGGGCGUGGAGAGCUUGGACUUCAGACUCCAUCUCCGGUACGAAUUUCUGAUGCUUGGGAUUCAGCCGGUCAUCGACAAACUGAGGGAGCACGAGAAUUCGACGUUGGACCGGCACUUAGACUUUUUUGAAAUGCUCAGAAAUGAAGAUGAACUGGAAUUUGCCAAACGAUUUGAACUGGUGCACAUAGACACCAAAAGUGCAACACAGAUGUUUGAACUGACCAGGAAGCGGCUGACGCACAGCGAAGCGUACCCACAUUUCAUGUCCAUCCUGCACCACUGUCUCCAGAUGCCUUACAAGCGGAGCGGGAACACAGUCCAGUACUGGCUUCUGCUGGAUCGAAUCAUCCAGCAGAUCGUGAUCCAGAACGACAAAGGGCAGGACCCCGACUCCACGCCCCUGGAGAACUUUAACAUUAAAAACGUCGUCCGAAUGCUGGUCAAUGAAAAUGAGGUCAAGCAGUGGAAGGAGCAGGCGGAGAAGAUGAGAAAAGAGCACAACGAACUACAGCAGAAGCUGGAGAAGAAGGAGCGCGAGUGUGACGCCAAGGCACAGGAGAAGGAGGAGAUGAUGCAGACGCUGAACAAGAUGAAGGAGAAGCUGGAGAAGGAGUCGAGCGAGCACAAGCAGGUGAAGCAGCAGGUGGCCGACCUGACCGCUCAGAUCCACCAGCUGAACCAGAGGGCGGUGUGUGCGCCCGUGCCGGGAGGGCCCCCGCCGCCCCCACCGGGAGCGCCGGGAAGCCCCCUUCCCUGCCAGGCCCCGGGAUCCCUGCUGCCUCCGCCGCCGCCUCUGCCGCCGCCUGCCCCCGGGGACUUCCUUCCUCCCCCGCCGCCACCUCCCCUGCCCCCCGGAGGCCCACCCCCACCCCCGGGCCCGCCCCCUCUGGGGAUCACCCCGCCGCCGGGUGCCCCCCUGGGCCCUGCCCUCAAGAAGAAAAACAUCCCGCAGCCCACCAACGCCCUCAAGUCCUUCAACUGGUGUAAGCUGGCUGAGAACAAGCUGGAAGGGACCGUGUGGGCCGACAUCGACGACGCCAGGGUCUUUACCAUUCUAGAUCUGGAGGACCUGGAGAGGACCUUCUCGGCCUACCAAAAGCAGCAGGAGUUCUUUGGGAACAGUGGCUCCAAGCAGAAAGAAGCAGAUGCCAUUGACGACACCCUGAGCGGCAGACACAAGGUCAGAGAGCUAUCCGUGAUCGACGGCCGGAGAGCCCAGAACUGCAAUAUUCUUCUGUCCAGGCUGAAGCUCUCCAACGACGAAAUCAAGCGCGCCAUCUUAACAAUGGACGAGCAGGAAGACCUUCCGAAAGAUAUGCUGGAGCAGCUCCUGAAAUUCGUCCCGGAAAAGAGCGACAUCGACCUGCUGGAGGAGCACAAGCACGAGCUCGACCGGAUGGCCAGGGCAGACCGCUUCCUGUUCGAGAUGAGCCGAAUCAAUCACUAUCAGCAGAGGCUGCAGUCACUGUACUUCAAAAAGAAGUUUGCGGAGCGCGUGGCCGAGGUGAAACCUAAAGUGGAAGCGAUCCGCACCGGCUCCGCCGAGGUGUUCAAGAGCCGUGCCCUGCGGCAGCUGCUGGAGGUGGUGCUGGCCAUCGGCAACUACAUGAACAAGGGCCAGAGGGGUAACGCGUUCGGCUUCAAAAUCUCCAGCCUGAACAAGAUCGCCGACACGAAGUCCAGUAUCGACAAGAACAUCACCCUCUUGCACUAUCUCAUCACCAUCGUGGAAAAGAAGUACCCCCGAGUCCUCGAACUCAAUGAGGAACUGCGGGACAUCGCUCAGGCUGCCAAAGUCAACAUGACUGAGUUGGACAAAGAGAUGAACACCUUGAGAAGCGGCUUGAAGGCGGUGGAAGCUGAGCUGGAGUACCAGAAAUCCCUGCUGGCCCAGCCCGGGGAUAAGUUCGUGUCCGUGGUCAGUCAGUUCAUCACGGUGGCCAGCUUCAGCUUCUCCGACAUCGAGGACCUGCUCGCCGAGGCUAAAGAACUGUUCAGGAAGGCCGUGUCGCACUUCGGGGAGGACGCGGGCAAGAUGCAGCCGGACGAGUUCUUCGGCAUCUUCGACCAGUUCCUGCAGGCGGUGGCCGAGGCCCGGCAGGAGAACGAGAACAUGAGGAAGAGGAAGGAGGAGGAGGAGCGUCGGGCCCGCAUGGAGGCGCAGCUGAAAGAGCAGCGGGAACGGGAGCGCAAAGCCCGAAAGGCCAAGGAGAACGGAGACGAAGGAGGGGAGUUCGACGACCUCGUCUCGGCCCUGCGCUCGGGGGAAGUCUUCGACAAGGACCUUUUGAAACUGAAACGGAACCGCAAGAGGGUCGCCAGCCCGAUGACGGACGGCGGCCGGGAGAGGCCGGUCACGAAGCUCAAUUUCUAACGUCCUCUGGCCUCCCCUCCCCGGGUGGUUUGCGUAGAGAGUCCGAUCGGCGGUCUUUCCGAGUGGCUGGACCCGUCUGUCAACUGCCUUGUACCCCACACUGUGGCGGCCCCCCGCCCCCACCCUCCGCGGGGCCGCCCCCCGGGCGUUGCGAGGGCGUGUGUGUGUGUGUGUGUGUGUGUCGUGCGUAUAGAUAAGUUGUACAUAGAAGUCCAGUCGUUCCGAGACCCCGAAGACAGGUGCGUGAGUGCGAACGUGUGUGACUGUAGAAGUACCUUGUAUGUGCCCCAGAAACACAUGUGUACGUUCA